AUGUAUUGCAACUACUAUGGAAACUCCUGUGGGGGCUGUGGAUAUGGCUGUAGCUAUGGCUCUGGCUGUGGAUAUGGCUGUAGAUAUGGCUCUGGAUAUGGCUGUGGCUGUGGCUAUGGCUCUGGCUGUGGGUAUGGCUGUGGAUAUGGCUGUGGCUCUGGCUCUGGCUGUGGAUAUGGCUCUGGAUAUGGCUGUGGCUAUGGAUGUGGGUAUGGCUCUGGCUGCUGUGGCUACUAG